GGAUAGAUCGACAAGCGAAUCCCCAACGCCCUCCGACUCGCGUUCGGCAUCAGCUACCGGGCCUCGCCGCCGGGCGAGCACGACGAUGUCGCGAGCUUCGCCGCCGCUUUUCUCCCUACGCUCGACGACAGCGUCAGCGACCCAAUGGAGUGCGACAAGGAGGAGCCGCCGAGGGACCUGAGGAUGGAGUUCGAGUCCUGCUACGUACCGGACCACAACGAGGACGCGCACUUCGGGCACGCCAGGACCGGCGUCAUCGGCGUGGCUGAUGGGCUGAUGGCGUUGGCGGGUAUCGCGGCACGGGGGUGGCGGCGGCGGCCGCCACGCCGGCCCGGCACGCGCGUUUGCCCCCUCGUCCUGCUGGACCUGGCGCACCAUAGGACGGUCCUGUCGCGCACGCCCGCGGCGUCCACGGCGGUCAUCCUCUCGCUCGCGGGCCGGGCUCUCAAGUGGGCGUACGUCGGCGACAGCGGGUUCGCGGUGUUGCGCGACGGCAGGAUCCUGUACCGCUCGAAGCCGCAGCAACAAUUCUUCCACUGCCCCUUGCAGCUCAACGCCACAGGUGGCACCACAGUCGCCGACGCAGCGGGGGGCAAGGUCCCGGCGAAGGAAGGCCGCGACGUCGUGGUGGUGGGCACGGACGGGCUAUUCGACAACGUGUGGGACGACGAGCUGGAGCGGAUCGUGCGGAUGGGCACGGCGAUGGGGUUCUCGCCCAUGGCGGAGGCCAUCGCGGCCUCUGUUCACGAGACGGCGACGUGCAGGUAUAAAGACAUGCCGUACAGCGUCGAGAAGCUGAAGCAUCAGGGGACGGCUACCACAGGCGGGAAGCCGGACGACAUUACCGUCGUCGUCGCGUUCAUUGUAUCAUAUGACUGA